GAUCCUUUCCCGGUCCUUAUUUGUUUCGCGAGAGGGAAGGGCCGGGGGGAAGAAGCAGCAGAAUGACGAGGAUCGUGUACAUUUUCACCCUGAUCCUGACAGAAGGCAUGACCAUCGCCUCAGCUCGUGACUGCCUCCAGGCUGGGGAAGCCUGCACCAAUGAUCCCAGCUGCAGUUCCAAAUUCCGCACCCUCCGGCAGUGCAUCGCUGGCAACGGCGCCAACAAGCUGGGCCCGGGCGCCAAGAGCCACUGCCGCAACACGCUCACCACCCUCCUGUCCAGCCAGCUCUACGGCUGCAAGUGUAAACGGGGGAUGAAGAAGGAGAAGCACUGCCUGAGUGUCUACUGGAGCAUUCACCACACCCUGAUGGAAGGUAUGAACGUCAUGGAAAGUUCUCCCUACGAGCCCUUUGUAAGGGGGUUUGACUAUGUCCGGCUGGCGUCCAUCACGGCAGGCUCUGAGAACGAGGUCACGCAGGUGAACCGCUGCUUGGACGCCGCCAAAGCCUGUAACGUGGACGAGAUGUGCCAGCGACUCCGGACCGAGUACGUGUCCUCUUGCAUCCGUCGGGGGCCCCGGGCGGACCCCUGCAACCGGUCCAAGUGUCACAAGGCCUUGCGGAAGUUCUUCGACCGGGUGCCCCCCGAGUACACGCAUGAGCUGCUCUUCUGCCCCUGUGUCGACACGGCCUGCGCCGAGAGACGCCGGCAGACGAUUGUGCCCGCCUGCUCCUACGAAGCCAAGGAGAAGCCGAACUGCUUGGCGCCGCUGGACGCGUGCCGAGGAAACUACGUCUGCAGAUCUCGCUAUGCUGAGUUCCAGGUCAACUGCCAGCCCUCUGGACUCCCCUCAGGAACCGGAUGCCAGAAGGAAAACUACGCCGCCUGUUUAUUGGCCUACACUGGCAUCAUAGGCAGCACCAUCACGCCCAACUACAUCGACAACUCGACCGCCAACAUUGCGCCCUGGUGCACUUGCAACGCCAGCGGGAACCGGCAGGAAGAGUGUGAGCGCUUCCUGCACCUUUUCACCGACAAUCUCUGCCUCCAAAAUGCCAUCCAGGCCUUUGACAACAGGACGUAUCUGAGCGCCGCCUCCAGUCCGUCCACCUCGCCCACCACCCAGAUGAGAAAGCAGGAGAGAAACACCGAUAAAGUGUCUGCCACCCACCAGGAGAACAUCCUGGAACAGCUGGAACCCACCAAGGUGUCUGCAGAAGAGAAGCCGUUGCGCGAUGCGUCCCACCUUGGACCUGGAGCGUCCGACUCCGCCCUGGCAUUGACCCUUAACCUCUGGAUGAUGGUGUGGAGCUGCACGGCCACCAGUACUGUCCUCCUGGUGGCUAUGUGAACCAGACUGAGGCCUUGCUCAAGACUGCCCAUUGAGGGGGCCUGCUUGGUCUUCGAUUUUUCCAACUUGGGACUCCAGGAGGGUGGUCCCACCCACCGCCAUCUUCCUCCUCAUCGACUUUGUAGCAAGAGAAGAGGAAAGAAAUCCUCAUCCCAUGAGCUGGUCUGUGAACGUCUUUCUGGAGCGCAAGAGUGGGCCAUCCAGGGAAAGAGUCAACCCUGAACAUCUUCAAGAAAUCCCGCAGAUGUGCUGAAGCCACAAACAGAAACCAAUCCACACGAGCGUCUUUUCUUCAUCUUUGACCAAUGAGUCAAAGCUGCCUCUCCUUUUUUUGGUGCAAUGAAGCAGUCUCACCUGAGAACGAGAAGAUCUGUCCUCUGGGAAAACCUUCUGAAACCAGGUUGGGAUCCACCUUCUCCACGCUUGGUGUGGGAAGACUGCUCCCCCCACAUCAACGUGUGGUAUCAAAACUCUACCUAGCCCCCUUGUUUUUCAUAAAGGUUGAGUGAUUUUAAUUUAAGUCGAGCGAGGCUCAACCACAACCCAAGCAGAAGGACCUUCCACUGGAGUGGUCUAGUGAGAAUCAGAAACUAGGGACCAGCUUUUGAAACGUGGUUCUUGGUGGGAUUCAGUGGGCCUUCACUACAGACGGAAAUUGCCCACCCUUCUUAUGGGCAACGCAUCAGUUGGGGUCAGUUGAGGUUCUUCACCAUGACAGCUUUGUAUAGGAACUGAAAAUUCCCCUACGGGGUUGACGUGUGGUGUGGUGGGACAAGACCGUGGGGGGGGGGUGAAACCUCUCAAAAGAGUGUGCAGGAUGGACAUCUCACACUAGGUCUCCACGAGACGGACAUCUCACGUAUAAGUCUCCACGAGACGGACACGUCCCACGUAGGUCUCCACCCAUUUUUGAAAGGUUGGGGCUCCAAAAGCAAACCCAUCAUGGUCGACCCAACCUUUGUUGAUAGCAACAUGGGUUUCAAAGCAAGAGUUGUGUUUCUCGACAAAAAUCACCACGCCGUUCAGCUUAAGGGGUCUUCCCGGAGAAGGGCAGUGCUUUGAGCUGAGACUAAACGAUUAAACGAGAACAGAUGUUCCAUCCGUGGCAAACGAUUGAUCCCUGCUGAUUCACAGCCCCUGCACACACACAAACACACACACACACACACACACAC